GUGAGUUCAAUUGAUCCCCGUUUUCUCCAGCCAUUAUUUGAUCUUUUUUAAUAUCUUUUAAUUUUUAAUAUGGAUUCAAGGAACGCUUCUCUGAGGCCCUUUGUGGUCUUUUGCGCAAUGAUCGCGUCAUUAGGUGCUUUCAAUUCUGGUUUCAACACUUCUUCAUUGAAUAUUCCCGGAGGUGCUGUUAGAAACUGUCCCGGUGUAGCACCUGGUGUAGUCACUUACUAUCCAAACUCUCCCUUACCUCAGUGUCUUCCAAUGAGUGAUUGGAUUUGGGGUGUUGCCACUGGUAUGUUUGCCGUCGGUGGUCUCAUCGGUGCUAUGGCUAACAGUUACAUGGCCAAGAGAUUUGGUCGUCGUGAUUCCAUGCUUAUCAUGAACACUUCUUUCUUCAUUGGUGCUAUCUUACUUUCUACUGCUACUACCUCUGCUCAAUUCGCUAUCGGCCGUAUCUUUGUUGGUAUUGCUUCUGGUUUCAUGACCUGCGUUGUUGGUAUCUAUGUCUCUGAAAUUUCCCCUCCAAAGUACCGUGGUGCUCUUACCGCCAUUCUUCAACUUUUCACUACGCUUGGUAUUCUGCUUAUUGAAAUUAUCACCCUUGGCUUGAACUCUGCUGUUGGAUGGCGUAUUGCUGUCAUGAUUACUGUUGCUCCCGCCAUCAUCCAAAUGGUCCUUCUUCCCUUCUGUGCUAGAUCUCCUCGUUGGUUAAUUGGUGAAAACAGAAUUGAUGAAGCUCGUGUUGAGUUCUUGAGACUUCGUAACGGUGAUAUCGAAGCUGAAUUCACUGAUAUGCUUCUCGGUCUUACCAAGAAAGGUGAAGAAAUCAAACCUGCUCCUGAAUCUGACAAGGACUCUGCGGCCGGUUUCGAUGACUCUGUUGCCAAGGACGCCGCCUUUGAAUCUGAAGCUCAACUCAACAUCCUCCAAAUUGCAUCUAUUCCCGUCUUGGCCUUGCUCGCUAUCAAGAUCUUUGUUGUUCAUGCCCUUUCUCAAUUGACUGGUAUCAACGCCAUUAUGUACUACUCUACUACUAUCUUUGAAGCCUCCUUCGGUGACAAUGCCAAGUAUGUCACUAUUGGUGUUGGCGCUUUGAACGUCGCUAUCACCUUUGUUGGUCUUGCCCUCAUUGACCGCUUGGGUCGUAAGACACUUUUGCUUAUUUCUACUGCUGGUAUGUGUAUCUGGCAAGUUGUGAUGACCAUUGGUAUGAAGUACAACGUUGCUCCUCUUCAAGUCGUCUGUAUCAUGCUUUACGUCGCCUUCUUCGCUAUCGGUUUCGGUAUGGUUCCUUUCGUUAUCCUUGCUGAGUCUUUCCCUACCUACGCCGUUGGUGCUGCUUCUGGUGCCUGUUUGGCCAUUAACUGGCUCUGUAACUUCAUCAUUGGUCUCAUCUUCCCCACCUUACUUAGUGCAUGUGGUCCUUAUGCUUUCUUGAUCUUUGCCGGUCUUUCUCUGGUUGCUUUCGUUUUCAUCUUUAUCUUUAUUAUCGAAACCAAGCAAAAGACUAUUGAUGAACUUGGUCGUCAAUAUGGUUGGUAUGGCAUCAACAUCCAAGAAGCUCUCAAGAAGACUCCCAAAGCAUAAAGGAUAUCAUACUCAUUUUACUAUUAUUUUUACAUAACUUUACACUUUAUUAUAAUUCAUUUGUAUUUUUAGCCGCCCUUUCUUUUUUUCUAAUCAUUGUUAAUCUCUUGCACGUUUUUGAUGUAUGUAAAAAUAAAAACCUUCAUGUAAAAAGUUAAACAUUGC